AUGUCCUGGAAGCAACAUAACCAUUGGCUGUACGCAUGGAUCCCUCUAUUUGGAGCCUUCAUUUGGUUUGGCAUGCUGUGGGCCAUGCUCAUCACAUGGCUCGCUGAAGGCAGGCCAAAAUAUCCCACUCAGACAGGGAAAGUGGCCUAUAUAUCUGACGUGGGGGCGUCUUUCCUCAAACCUCUCUUCAUUACCGGUUGUUCGAUCACGGCUUUAUGUUUCGUGUUCGCGUUGGUCGUGGAGAGGUGGCUCCGGCACCGUGGUCGGCUUGUGCCCAACAUGCGUCGCAGGGAGAGGGUAUUGUCUACCUGCGCGAUUCUUGGCUCGGUGAUCGGCGGUGCGGGCCUCAUCCUUCUUUCGAUCUUCGACACGGAUCGUCAUCACAGCGCCCACCGCAUCUUCCUCUUGGUCUUCAUCGUUGGUGUUGGUCUGAGCGCUAUAUUCACGAUCCUCGAGUUCCGUUGGAUUUCCCAUGACUUCGUAGAGAUUCGCAAGCUCAAAGCUGCGUACAUCACCAAGGGUGUGAUCGCGGGUCUUCUCAUAAUACUCGCCAUUGUGUUCGCGGUUACUUUGUUCGAGGCUGUCGACGUAGGAGGUGUUAUUGAGUGGACCAUCGCUUUCGGAUUUACCUUCUACCUCCUUACCUUCGUCUGGGACCUCCGAAUGGCGAAGGGCGUGAGGGCUGGCGAGCUCAAGCGUGAGCACCUUCUCGCCAUGCAAGAACAAGGCCAAGGUGGCGAAGCUAUGCGAGAGACACAUGCCGCUGGAGGAGAUGGCAUGCUCGAUGCCCGUGUUCGCAAUACGCAUUCCCUUGCUUGGCACUCAUCCCAUGUCAUUCUCCUUAAGUGA